AUGACUGACGUCCCACCAACCGAGUCCAUUCCCAAACCAGAGGAACCUAAAGAACCACAACAGUCUCCUCAGCAACCUCAGUUCCAGCAAGUACCUCCGAAUUUCUACCAAUUUCCACUUCAAGGUUACUACCCACCACAAGGCUUCCCGAACUACCCUCCUCGCCUAUGCCUUACUGCCCCAACCCUUGGAUGUUCCAGCAAGCUCCACCCCAGCAAUUCCAAUCUCAGUCCAAAUCGAAGAGAGACCAAGAGUUCGAAGAAGUCGAACCGCUUACGCAAAGAGUAUGCUACAGCUCCAAUUGAGAGAAGUUGUUCCCGGACCAAAAAUAUAAUUUA